UAUCUGUGUCAUUGUUCUGCAUGUGGUGCCAGGAUCAUUUUCAAUGAGAACGGCCAUUUUCUCUCUCCGGACUUGAGAAUUUGCGACAGAUAUGGCUGACUAUUCAAACGUGGCUCCACCGUCGGGAAAUGGCGCAGGAAUGAACGACGCUUUUAAAGACGCCCUUCAGCGAGCUAGACAGAUCGCGGCAAAGAUUGGGGGGGACGGCGUACCCUCCGCGCCCUCAGGCAGUGAGUUUGGCUAUGGAGGCCAGAAGCGACCCCUUGAAGAUGCCGGUGAGUACGACCAACCAGAGACCAAGAAGGUGGCACCCAAUGACUCGUUCUCAGCAGCGAUGGGUAUGGGAGGAAUGGGAGGGGGUGGUCCUCGAUCGUCUUCAGAGGAUUUCAAGGUCCCUGACGGAAUGGUUGGAUUCAUUAUUGGCAGAGGAGGAGAACAGAUAUCCCGCAUGCAGCAGGAGUCGGGCUGCAAAAUCCAGAUCGCCCCCGACAGUGGAGGGACACCUGAUAGGUUGGUGACACUGACGGGAUCCCCAGACUCAAUACAAGCUGCCAAGAGGCUGCUGACAGAGAUCGUUGAUAAGGGUCGUCCUACUCCAGCAUUCCACCACAACGACGCCGGCGGUCCUGGUAUGUCUGUUCAGGAGAUGCUGGUCCCUGCCUCCAAGGCUGGCCUGGUCAUCGGGAAGGGAGGAGAGACCAUCAAACAGCUGCAGGAGAGAGCCGGGGUCAAGAUGGUGAUGAUCCAGGAAGGGCCUCAGAAUACAGGAGCAGACAAACCUCUACGCAUCUCUGGAGAACCAUUUAAAGUCCAGCAAGCCAAAGACAUGGUGAUGGAGCUGAUCAGAGAACAAGGCUUCAGGGAGCAGCGAGGAGAGUACGGCUCCAGGAUGGGGGGAGGAGGAGGAGGAGGAGGAGGAGGAGGAGGCGGAGGAGGAGAGGGCCUGGAUGUUCCUGUCCCCAGGUUUGCGGUGGGAAUCGUGAUCGGGAGAAACGGAGAGAUGAUCAAGAAAAUCCAGAGCGACACUGGAGUCAGGAUCCAGUUCAAACCAGAUGACGGCAGUACCCCCGAGAGGAUAGCCCAGAUCAUAGGUCCUCCAGACCAGUCCCAGCAUGCAGCAGAGAUCAUCUCUGACCUUCUGAGGAGUGUCCAGCAGGGGGGGCCGGGGGGGCCUAACGGAGGGGGCAGGGGGAGAGGCAGGGGGGGUAACGGGGGCGGUAACUGGAACAUGGCUCCUCCAGGCGGACUGCAGGAGUUCACCUUCACCGUCCCUACCAUGAAGACUGGACUCAUCAUCGGCAAAGGAGGAGAGACCAUCAAGGGCAUCAGCCAGCAGUCUGGGGCUCGUAUUGAGCUACAGAGGAACCCUCCGCCCAACUCGGACCCCAACAUCAAGAUGUUCACCGUCCGAGGAUCGCACCAACAGAUCGACUACGCACGACAGCUGGUCGAGGAGAAGAUCGGGGGUCCAGUCAGUCCAAUGGGUGGUCCUCACGGCCCACCAGGUCCCCACGGAGGUCCCUCUCCCCACGGACCACCCGGCCCUCCUGGACCUCCUGCUCAGAUGGGGCCCUACAACCCCGGCCCCUACAACCAGGGACCCCCAGGACCACAUGGUCCUCCUGCUCCCUACCAGCCUCAGGGUUGGGGCAACGGCUUCCCCCAAUGGCAGCAGGGACAGCCUGAUCCUGGUAAAGCUGCGGCCGACGCCAACGCAGCGGCCUGGGCAGCGUAUUACUCCCAGUACCAACAGCAACCCCAGGCCCCCAUGACGCCCACCGGCGGCGCCCCAGGGAGCACACAGGCCAACGGGCAAGGUCAGCAACCACAGGACUAUACCAAGGCCUGGGAAGAGUACUAUAAGAAACAAGGUCAAGCAGCCCCCCAGGCGGCAGCGCCAGGUGGUCAGCCAGGUGGUCAGCCAGGUGGUCAGCCGGGUGGUCAGCCAGACUACAGUGCUGCCUGGGCGGAGUACUACCGCCAGCAGGCUGCAUACUACGGACAGGGAAGCCCACAGGCCAUGGGGGCACAGCCACAAGCACCUCAGGGCCAGUAAUGUGAAGUGGACAUAAAGUAAAUGCUACAUUGUGGAAAAACAAACAAACCCCUUGUUAAAUGUUUUUGGAGAUGACGCCUUGAAGAUCUUAAUUUCCCCCUUUUUGGUUGGUUGGUUUAAAAAAUAAAAAAAAGUGUUUCACAGUAGAUGUGACGACAGCAAAGUCUAUCCGGAGACGCGACACAAACACCACCACAUCCUUAUGCUAUUUAUCUAUUUUCUUUCUUGUUGAUUUUCUUGUAAAUGAACGGUUUGUUUCUUUGUUUUUAUUGAGGUAAUAUGGUCAUUCCAGCCCCCCCUGUAGCUAUCUAUUCAUCUCUGUCAUGCUGUGUGGCUCGUUCUCCUGUUAUCUCUAGCUAGUCGUCUACCUUGUGAAAUCAGCUCAAUUUUUUAAAUAAUAUGCCUGUGUUUUGCAAUAAACUAAAGUGAAACCUCC